GUGAGGACUUAAAUUCCAAUGUGAAUGACUUUUACCCGGAGAGUGAGCUAAUAUUAAGCCCUAUAAAACAGGCACAUAUCACGCUGUGGAUUAAAAAAAUAAUAAUAACAUUCAGAAAUGAUUUUGAGGACUUUGUCGCGAGCUUCCGUUAGCACACGUGAGCUGAAGCGGCACGCGCGAGCAGAGAGUAGUUUAAGCUCGUGCUUUGCGGAGAGCGGUAGAGCGGGGCUUGUCCUCAGGUCGGUAUCAGCGGAUAUCUUCCACAACCUGGCUCUAGAGGACUGGAUCUACGAGUGUGUGGAGCUCCAGAGCCGGAGCGUGUUGUUGUUGUGGAGGAACGCUCCGGCUGUGGUGAUCGGGAGGCACCAGAACCCCUGGCAGGAGUGUGAGGUGAAGCUGCUGAGGCAGAGUGGGAUCCCGGUGGCGAGGCGGAGAAGCGGCGGAGGGACUGUGUACCACGAUCUGGGCAACAUAAACAUGACCUUCUUCACCUCAAAGAAGAAAUACGACCGCAUGAGGAACCUGGGGGUCAUCACCGAUGCCCUGAAGGUGCUCAGUCCCAGUCUGGAUGUCUGUGCCACAGAGAGAUAUGACAUCAUCCUGAACAAGUGCUAUAAAAUCUCCGGCACUGCAGCCAGACUGGGCCGGACGGCCGCCUAUCACCACUGCACCCUGCUGUGCUCCGCAGACCGCUCCAUCCUCUCGUCAGUCCUGAAAAGCUCAUGCGCUGGCAUCAAAAGCAACGCCACCCCCAGCGUGCCAUCCCCGGUUACAAACCUCUCCGAUCACGACCCCACCCUGACCCCUGACUCCCUCAUGGAUGCCAUCGCGUCUCAAUAUAAUAAAGAAUUUGACCUCGACAGUCCUGUCCUUACAGUCGACCCGGAAUCAGAAGCGCCUAUAGCUGAUAUUCACAAGAGGACCUCUGAGCUCAAAAACUGGGACUGGGUUUAUGGAAAGACCCCAAAGUUUAGCAUUUGCACCUCUUUUACGGUGGGGAACACCAACAUUGGACUGGAGAUGAACAUCAAGAAUGGGGUUGUAGAAACCUGCGUCAUGGACGUGCCCCGUGACUGGCUGUCUGUGGACUUCGUGAAAGAGUUCUGCUCCAGUUUAACAGGCGUCCGGUUCUGUCCAAAUGAGUUCUCUGUGGCUGCAGCGGCUUUCCUGAGGACGACGCCAUCUUCCCGUCAGCACGCACAAAACACACUAAGACUUUGUGAAAGUAUUGUAUCAGUAAUGUAAUAAAAGUAUUGGAUUAGCAUAUGAA